GCAUCCUCUCCCAAAUCUCUCUCUCUCUCCCCCAAAUUGACCCCUCCAAUUUCCCCAAAUCGAUCUCGCUUUCUUCAGAAUCUCAGUGUGGAGAGUCAAAAUACCGAAAAGAUCUCCCAACUGAGCCCAUUUCAGAAAACCCUUCUCAAAUCUUGAGCUCUCUCUCUCUCUCUCUCUCUCGCCGCUUCUUUUUCCCUGUUCAAAUACAGCCCUUCGUAUGGAUAGCGGAUCCGGGCAUCAGUAUCCGUCUCGACAUCCGGGCUCGUCGGCGAAUUUCGCCGGCUACCGCUAUCAAAACCCGCCUGUCGGUGGGUACUCAUUCGCUACUGAAGUAGAAACCAACAGUACUGGUGGCUUUGAUCCAUCUUUGUUAGAAGACCGUUUUUUCCGGCUGAAUCUCUCCAUGCCGUCCGGCCCCCACCAGCCGCGGCUUCUCCCGCCGUCUCUCCGAGGGGGCAUGGACCCGCUCGACAAUUCGGGUCCCUGGCCGCUGCCCUUUGGAGACAACGCCAACUCCAACUUGGAGAGUACUUCGAAGAUCAGGGCCGGAGAAACCUUCAAGAAUCCGGCGGCGGCGGUUGGCUCGGACUCUUCCUCGUCAACAUCGCAUCGGAGGGACGAUAAUGAACGCCCAUGGUUUAUAGACCAUGUCGUGCAUUCUUGUUUGGGCUUUGACGAAAAUGAAGAAGGCGGCGGCGCGGGAUCUUUCUUGCACCGCAAGGAACGAUCGGAGUCUCAAAUUCACCAUCCCCCUACAAGCACAGCCGGUUUGCUCGUAGGCGGCAGCAAUCGGAGUCUCCCCGGAAUAACUCCGGAGAUCCCUUCCAGCUCCUCAACGGUUUUGCUUCCCAGUUGGUACGCUUGGCAUUGUUUUGAAUUGGAUCAUUAUCACUUUCCUUUAGUGUUUUUUCAAGGUCAGAUCCUUAAUUUGGCCAAGGAUCAAUAUGGUUGUAGGUUGCUACGUGAUAAAUUCGAUAGCCGGAAGAACGACGAAAUCGAGUUGGCAAUGUCCGAGAUUCUCGGCCACAUACCAGAAUUAAUGACGGAUAUGUGCGGAAACUAUGUCUUUCAAAAUCUGGUAAAGGCUGUGAAUGAUGAGCAAAUGACUCGGAUCAUCCUCGCAUUGACUAAACACUCACUUCAUUUGAUCGGAAUUUGCCUCAAUCCAUACGGAACUAGAGCAAUGCAGACAGUGCUGGACUAUGUGAGUGGCCCCCUUCAGAUUUCGUUAGUACUUUCAGCUCUAAGGAGGGGUGUGUUGCUCUUGUCAGUCAACUCCAAUGGCCGGCACGUCAUUCAGCAAUGCAUCCGGCGGUUCUCGAACGACCAGACCAAGUAUAUUCUGGAGGAGAUAGUGAAGAACUGCUUCCGCAUUGCAACCAACAAAAGCGGGUGCUGCGUGCUGCUUUCAUGCUUGGAGUACUACCAUGGAGAAUACAGAGAAGUUCUUGUGAAUGAGAUCAUUGCAAAUUCUCUAUUCCUUGCAGAAGAUCCUUACGGUAACUAUGUUGUGCAAAACCUGCUGGCAUUGAAGUCGCCUGAGAUUUCCUGGACCCUGCUGAGGGAUCUUGAAGGAUGUUUCGUGCAGCUCGCCAGCAACAAGUAUGCCAGCAACGUGGUCGAGAAAUUCCUGACAGAUACAGACGAAGAACAAUGCUCGACGAUCAUCAUGGAGUUUGUCACAUGCCAGAAUAUUGAUUUGCUUCUUAUUGAUCCUUUCGGGAACUUUGUUGUUCAAGCAGCGUUGCAAGCCUCCAAGGGGUUGGCCCGUGCUGCUCUUUUCAGCGUAAUCCGGAGAUAUGCUCCAUCGAUGCGUGCGAAUCCCUUCGGGAGGAAAGUGAUCGGCAUGUACGAGAAGCUGCAGCUACAGUCGCAGUGGCGUGGGAAUGGCAGUUGGCAAGGGCAAGCUUCUUCUUCAGCUCGUUGGCCAAAUUGAGAAACUUAGGCUUGUGGUGGUGAGAGUGACUACAAGCGUUUAUCAGCUAGAAAUGUAAUGGGUGUUGCUGUUUGUAACUUAGUCUAGAAAUUAAAUCUGCAGUAUGUAUUGUAAUAGUAGUAGUAGUAGUAGUAGUAUAUCCUCUCUGAGAGAGGACUUGCUUGUUAUAUCAUCAUAACUGGUGUAAGAGUGUCUCAACUUUACUUCUAAUUCCAGUAAUUAUGUGGAAUCCAUU